ACCAGAUAUAAAAAACCAGAUUUAUCCAGUUAUUCUGUAUCAGGUCUCCACAAUAAGAUACUUUCUGUCGCAAAACCUAUAGAAACUACUAUCAAACUAUACAUAGAAUCCUGAUUUAUCCGGUUUUUCGGCACGAUGUCUCCAUAUUAAGAGAUUUUCUUUCGAAAAAUCGCCGAAUUUUUUGCUGCCUCUAUACUAUGCAAGUAGUAUGCGAGAAAGCUGUCUCUAUAUUGUACAUAAGCGGUAUGCGAGAAAGCAAUACUGCGGAGGACGCAAACUGAACCAGCAGUGGUGCGAUCGGCGUUGUAUCGUCCGAGCGGCCAUUGAGCGCCAUCCGGGCGAGGGCGCGGAGCGAUAAGGCGCCGGGGGCACGGGGGCAGCGGCCGAGCGCCGGGCGCGGGGGCCAGCGGCAGGCAGAGCGCAUUCGCCCCCCGGCCAGCCACCAUGCGCGUCUCGCCGUCCGCGUUGCUGCGCACGGCGCUGGCGCUGCUGCUGCUGCUGCUGGCGCUGGCGGCGCCGCUGCGCGCGCAGAUGGACGGCGUGGACAACGACUGGGCGCCCGAGACGGUGGUGCGCGUGCUGCAGGAGGCCACGGACGCCGAGGGCUCCGCCAACGCCCGCGCGCGCGCCAGCGCCAACGCGCGAGCAGCCGCCGCCGACAGCUCCCAGAGCGACUCCCAAGGCGACUGAAUAAAUGCAAUAAUUAACUCGUACAUCACUUCUCAGUACCUGUCAAGAGCAAGAACAUCUUAAUUCCAAUAAUACUCUAUUUCUUUUCAAUACAUCGUAUGCAUAACAAAGAUGAAUUGUUUACAUAAAAACUGUUCUUUAUAUUCUGAACAUAAUUAUAGUGAAUUUGUUCCUUAAUAAAAUAUCUCAAAAAAGAGAAA